AGUCAACGCGUAAAGAACUCUAAUCAGAAAAGUGCAUUUUCUACAUCCACCCAGAACCAUGUCGAAAGUUAAGAACUUAUUAGCCAAAAUGAUGCAGCGUUUUGCCAAAAACAGCUCACAUAACGAUAGUCAACGGUACGAUAGUCUGGAGGAGAUUGCCCAAAAUCAGGCCAACGAGAGGAUGCUGAGAGAAACUCAGACGGGAACGGAGGAGCACCUGGUCAUCUGCUUGGAGACUGCUGCCGGUAGCUUUUAUUGGCACUCGCAGUAGUAACAAACGCAGGAGCAACAGCAAAAUCACCUGCAUCAGCAGCAAUCUAAAGAGAAUCAUUGCUGAGAACCAAAACAUCAGCUUUAGAAAUUGCUACCUUGUCAACAACUGCAAUUAUAGUGAAGACAGAAGCAACAACAGCAACCAAUUUAAUUGCAAUUGGAAGAAAGACAGCAGAUUUUCCUCAGAAGAUGCAGCAUAGCAGGAAAAACUACACUUAAUAUUGCCAUGUCAACAACAACUUGUCAAAAAGCCGAAAAUCCAGCAGCAACAUAAUGGAGUAUUAAAGGAGCAACCACAGUGGCAACACCACAUUAUAAAUACAGAAGCAACAACAGAAACUGCAAUUAUUAUUGCAAUGCCAACAGCAACUAUAAUUGCAAGAACCAAAAACGGCAACUAAACCUGCAGCAACACCUCAAAAAGCCGAAAACUCAAGAGCAUUAUCAACAGCAGCAAAAAUAGCGAACCCUAAACCAACCGCAGAAUCAACUUGGCCAAUAAAAACUAUAAUCGCUUGUUAAAAAGCGAGAAACUAGCCACAAAAACAGUAGCAGCCACAUAAACUAUAACAAUCUUUAACAUCUCAAGAAAUCAAAACAUCGAUGACAACAACAGGCAGUCACCACAACAAUCCCAAGACAACAGCAGCAUCAUAAGCCAAAGCACCAACAACAUGGGCCAAAAACCGGUAGAUGCGACCAAAACGACUGAACGGAUGAAUGAAUAAUACAAAACAUAUCAUUCGGUGAAUGAAUGGAGCUGUCGAGCGAUCGUGCGAAUUGUGUUGCGUGCCAGCAACAAGUAUCCAUAUCCAACUAGUCUUAAGGAUGCAACUCAGACAUCCUCUCUAGUUGGAGAUCCUCGAUGGGUGCCAAUAAUAAACAUAAAAUACAUUUGUGAUAUGAACUCAAGCUAGUUAGUGUAAAAUAAAUGUUAUUAGUUUAUAAGAAAUAAAAAAAUAAAGUAAUUAAAUUGAAACUA